GCCCAAAGUUCCUUCCGUUCGAAGUCAUUCUGCGUCAAAUAUCACUCAGCACACACCUUUGAUGGACCCCUCCUCAUCGGAUCCCAACGUAAUCUUCAUUCGUCCUCCCUUUUCCAACUUCCCGGAUGCACACCUCUAUCCCGAAGGUUUGACCUAUUCGCUUAUGGCAGCCAAUCCCGAGUGGUUCCUCGAUCAGAGCGACUUCGUAUCCGCCGUCUCUAUAAAUCCGAACGCCGUCCCUUACCCUACACAGCUGGAACCUCCCAGAGGGUGGUGUCCAGCGAAAAAGAAAGAUCUGAAGGCACUUGGGCCUGAUGGUUGGCCAGAGGGGGAAGAACCACGAUUACGAUGCACAUUUUGUAGGCGCACUUACGCAGGCGUCAAUGCGAAGAGCAUGUGGAGACGUCAUGUCUACGAGAAGCACAAGAUCGCUAUGUCAAACCGUCGUGAUGGUAAUGAUCGCACACGCAGCGGGCGAGGUUCAACGAGAUAUUUAGAGGAUUGUUCUUUUCAAGCUCUUCACGACGACAAAGAGAACCAAGCUGGCCCUAGCAGUCAAUCGGGCAAAACCCACGAAGCCGGGGAGAAUAGCAAGCCCAGGUCAGGUAGUGGCUUCUCGGCGGCGAUGCAUGCGAAGCUUGACGACGACUCUUCUGAAGAAGAAACUGUCGUCCCUUCAGCUCCUGUCAUCGAACAGAAGGAAUUUUCGCCCUCUAGUGCUCAUGAACUGACACGACCCCAGCGUCAGCUUGCACAACUGUCUAAACGAUCAGGGCUAGGUAGUCCACUUUCGCCACCUUCCCCAGUUGUUGGCUCGAAGCCGCAUAGCGCAGAUCAGACACCUGAGCACUCCAAGGAAUUCAUGCCCACAAUACCAAUAUCUCCGUAUGAUCCUACGCUUACACCAUCGUUUCGUCACUCGCCCCCUCGACUUCCUUCCGAUCAACCGUGGCGAUUUCCGUCUCCUAGCCACCCGUUGUUCUCGAAAGGCAGGGAGAUAUCUCUCAGUAUGCUGGUGCGCGGAGGCAUCAGCCCCGCCUUGCGAGGGUCUUCAUCCACCGAUGCUAGUCCAAGUGUACUUGACAGUCCAUGCAUCAUUGCGCCUCGUACCAAUAGUGAUGUUUCGAGCGUAGCAGGGGAUAGCUCACCUGCGCUUUGCAAACCUUCACCCUUUUGGCUCCUUUCUAAUGGCAAAUCUCCCAUGUCCGCGAUCCGACGCUUGGACUUCUUGAAGCAAGUCAACAAAUCGCCACUCAGCGCAAUUAGCGGUAACAAUCGUCGGAUAAAUCUCCGGCGAGGCUCCACCUUGAGAUCUCCCUCGAACUCCCGCGAUGACUGGCUUUCCGACGUGUCUAUGUCUUCUGGCCCUUUGAGCCCACCGGGGCUGGAGGGACCGAUGCGUUUGGCUGGCGACGAUCCGUUUGACAGGGUAUACAAACCUCUCCUCAGCGCCACGCGGUCGACUGUCGGCGACUUGGAGGAUUUGGAGCAGGAACCUUCACCAUCACGGUCACCGCCAGGGACAGAAAGCCCCGUAGUCAGAAAUGGUCCGUUGCCUGCGGCAACAGAACGGAUAGGUCUCGGGAUAGGGUUAAUGGAACCGUUCAGCCCAGCGAAGGGGUUUCCCAGAUCAGGAAUGGAUAGUAGUUCAGCAUUGUCAUCCUGUUCCAGCCCAGCGGAAGAGGACGACGAAGCCGAGAUAGAGGCUGAAUUGACAAGCGAGGACAACGAUUUUGGAGGGCGCGACCGCGAAGGUGAUGUCUUGGAAGGGCCGUCGAGCAAGAGGAGGAGGACAAGUCUUGAGGAUGAUUGACAGGUUAUGUUGGAAGUCACGGCCGGAAGAGGAUCCGGCCUUGGACACGGGUUGCGCACAGCAAACCACUUGGACGAUGUUGUAUGUAUACCUCGCUAUCGCACUGUUUUGGAGACCCCCUGCUCUGCCCCUGCACACUUUGUUUCUUUGGCUUUCUCACUUUUCUCUGGUUGUCGAAUACUUGGUUCACUUUUGUAUGUUUUGAGUGUACUACUAUCUACAUAGCUAGAUACUUAGCUCCCUGCACACCAAGGUACUAG